AUGCUUUCCCACACCACACAACGGGCGGUCCGAACGCUACGCACGCCGCUCCGCGUGCUUGCCACCUCGACCGCGCCCCCCCUGGUGGGGGGUCUGCUGGCACCUCCCGUGUCCCCCUUUCUCGAAGACCUCGCCCGCCGGCGGGCGCCGCGGGCGCCGGCCCGGGCGCUCGACUUGACGGAAACGCUGUUCCGGGGCAUCGACGCCGCCGCCAUCCCCCAGCUCAGCGCCCACGACCGUGAACAGCUGUGGCUGCUGAGCUACGACCCCGUGGUGCGCCUCCCUUACGCCCGCGACGUGCUGCACUUGGCGCUGUUGCUCGAUGCCUUGAUCCAGCUGAAGAACUUUGCCCGUGCCGAGCUGAUCCUCCAUCUGUUGCAUUCGUUAGACACUCCCCAGGGGUUUGUUCAUCACGUCAAUCUGUAUUUAGCCGGGUGGAGCGACGAUGAAGCCGUGACGGUGAAAAUGGUCGAGCAGUGGCUUGCCUCUGCUUUAGCCAAAUACCCAGGUUUAGAGCUUAGCGACCGCACCCACGCCAUCGUGUUGGCGAAAUACGUGAGGGAUAAGGUCGAUUUUGACCCGUUUUUGGCCCGGUUCCCGCCGCAUCAGCUUAAACUGAUCUUUAGCAAUAUCGACAUUUUGGGCAUCGACGACUUGACGGUGGUGUUCGCUCUGGACCGCAUUACCGAUAAACACGUCCCCGAAGACCUCCGGGGGCUUAUCGGUAGUGCUACUACACCUGCCACCGCUCAAUCCGCUGGUGGCGAGUCGCUGUCGGAAGCGCUGUCGGAAGUGCCGGAAUACUUCCGACUGGACGCCGCCAAAGCGCCGCUGGUACGUAAAGAUCUCGACGAAUUACGCGAUGUCGGCCUGUUCGGCAUCAAAGUCAUCCGCCACACGUUGUUGGGGCUUAAGCAGGAUGACGCUGAGCUCGAACUGUUGCUUAACGCCAUCGAAACUGGCGUCGACGGCCUGGUGCUCACUCAGGGUAACUCGGUGGAUUUUUUCCAGAUCUACCGCCAAUUGAAGACCCCAGAACAGCGACAGAAAUUUAACGAUGCCCUCAACGCAUACAACCAGCACCGUCAGCAACAGCUUGAAUUGCGGGGGCUUGACGGGGCUCGGGAAAAGUGGAAACACGCGUUCGAAGACAUGCAGCGCCGCGGCACCAUCAACAUGUCCAAGGACAUAAACCUGGAAUUAUUCAAGUGGUACCAGGCAAUGUUGCCGCUGGUGGUGCACGAGGCCCAGCUCUGUCGCGAUUUGAUGGAGGGCAAAGUGGAUAUGGCUCUGCUCUCGGAGGAAGAACAACAGCAGAUGGCCCACCGCGAGCACUACGCGCCUUACUUCGUGCUUGUGGCUCCGGAAAAGCUUUGUGUCAUCACUAUUUUGGAGCUUAUCCGGUUGAACUCGACCGGUGGUGUUGCUGACGGCAUGAGAGCGGCUCGGGCUUUGCUUUCCGUCGGUCGCCUGGUGGAGCUUGAGUAUCGCCUGCAGAACUACUUAAAGGCCGAGCGGAAACACCUGAAGAAAGUACGGCUGAGCAAGCAGUGGCGCAAGCUCUUGCUGAACCUGACCCAGGCUCAAGACCCGCAACUGCUGCUGGAGUGGAGCGAAAACGUGUUGGGUAAGCUUGGUUCGGUGCUCACGCUGUACCUUAUUCUGGUGGCUAAAGUCAACGUCAAGGCGAAGGACCCGGCCACUGGUAAGGUGAUCAAAGCGUCGCAGCCAGUAUUCCACCAUACCUACCAACACUGCGGUGGCCAACGUGUUGGUGUGAUCAAGAUCCACCGCGAGGUGAUGAAGCGGCUUGCCGGCGACGAGCUUUCCGCGUGUAUCCAGCCGCAAUUGCUUCCGAUGUUGGUGCCGCCUAAACCGUGGACGCUGUAUAGUGGUGGUGGCUUCCUCUUCACCAACUCGCAAGUUGUGAGAAAUAAGGACUCACCAGAGACGUUGGCCUAUUUGAAGGCGGCUCUGGACCAAGGAAAAUUGACCCAAGUGUACCACGGGUUGAACGUAUUGGGUGACACUGCCUGGACGAUCAACAAGCGUCUUUUCGAAGUGGUCACUCAUUACUGGAACACUGGUGAACUGUUUUCGCUGAUUCCUCAGGUGGUAGUGGAACCUAAGCUUCCACCGAAGCCCCCCGUGGAUGCUGAACCGCAAACUAAAUUCGAAUACGCUCGCGACGUUCGUGAUAUCCUCAACGAAGCCGCCGGGUUACGGUCGCAGCGGUGCGAUACCAACUACAAAUUAGAGAUUGCGCGUGCUUUCAUCGGCGAAAAGAUGCAUUUCCCCCACAACUUGGACUUCAGAGGCCGGGCGUACCCGUUGCUGCCUCACUUGAACCACUUGGGUAACGAUCUUGUGAGAUCGCUUUUCCUCUUCUGGGACGGGAAACAGUUGGGCGAACAGGGUCUCCGCUGGCUUAAGAUUCACUUGGCCAACGUCUAUGGGUUUGAUAAGGCUCCUCUUGACGAAAGAGCGCAGUUUGGCGACAAGCACUUGGAGGAUAUCCGUGCUCUGGCUCGUGACCCGUUAGCUCCCGAUGCCUGGUGGCGUAAAGCGGAAAAACCGUGGCAGGCGCUUCUGGUGUGCUUUGAGCUUGCCGAAGCCUACGAACUUGACGACCCCACUACCUACGUGCUGCACUUGCCUGUACACCAGGAUGGGACCUGUAACGGGCUCCAACACUACGCCGCCCUCGGUGGUGACGUCGAAGGGGCCAAGCAAGUGAACUUGCUUCCCGCUGACCGGCCUCAGGACGUGUAUAAGUUUGUGGCCAAUUUGGUGCAAAAGCGGGUGGAUGCCGAUGCUGCUGCUGGUGUCGACGAAGCGGUGAAAGUGCAGAACUACGUCACGCGUAAGGUGGUGAAGCAAACGGUGAUGACCAAUGUGUACGGGGUGACGUUUGUCGGGGCGGUAGCGCAGAUUCAGAAACAAUUGAUGGCUCUUGACUUCCCUAGGGAAGAAGCCAACCGGUUGCUGAAGUAUUUGACCCAACAGGUGUUUGCACUGAUCCGAGAGUUGUUUGAAGGUGCUCACCUCAUCCAGGACUGGCUUGGAGAAGUGGCACGCCGCAUCACCAAGCUGAUUCGCGUCGACUACGAGGACACCGCCUCGGAAGACCCUGCCAAGCCCAACCACUUGCUGCUGGUGAUCUGGACUACCCCCUUGGGCCUUCCCUGUGUCCAGCCGUACCGCGUCGCCAAAAACAAGACCAUCAAGACCAACUUACAGGACAUCACAUUGGCAGACCCCUUUGGUGCCGGCCAAGUCGAUCUGCGCAAACAGCAGACGGCGUUCCCGCCCAACUUUGUCCACUCGCUCGAUGCCACCCACAUGUUGCUCACGGCUAAAGCCUGUGGCGACCACGGACUCUCGUUUGCCGCCGUCCACGACUCGUAUUGGACCCACGCCUGUGCCGUUGACACCAUGAACCGCGAGAUUCGAAGCCAGUUCAUCAACCUUCACCUGGCCGAUCUUGUCGCCCAAUUGCGCGAGGAGUUCUGUAAGCGGUACAAGGGGUUCUUGCAGGUGGUUAACCUCCCCCUGGAUCAUGCGGUGGUGAAGCAGGUGAAGCAGAUCCGCAAGCAGUGGGCAGCGAAGGCCGGACGCCCUGUGACUGUGGCCGACGAGGUGUACAUGGAGCGUAAGCGCCAGAGCCUUUUGGAGCUGGAGGAUCCCGAGGUGCGCCAAGUGGGGCGGCUGAUGGUGACUACGGUGAGCGUCACCGAGGGCCUUCACCUUGAGGACGCGGCGGUGAAGACGGUGGGCACCAAGAUCCUCGUGCCUCUUGUCUUCCCCGAGAUCCCGGCCAAGGGCGACUUUGACCUUAACCAGGUGGCCCAGUCAUCGUAUUUCUUUUCUUAA